CUGUUAUGCUUCAAAUGAUAUAAAAGGCAACGCUUUGCUCUUUGCUGGCAUUUAGCAUCUCAGAUUUGAGAAGAUUGGCAAAACAACUUCCCAACACCUAAACAGAAGCAUCAAGCGAAAGAUGAUCAAGUUAGCUUUCUUGGGACUUUGUCUUGUCGCUGGGUCUUCAGCCGUUUUGAACUGGGCCAGUAACCCAGUUCUUCCAGGCUACCCAGUGUUUUUCAUCUCAUGGAGCCAGUGGAGAUCUUUCUGCGACACUGACCAGACAGAUGAAAAGCAAUGCUUUAACGACUGCAUGACUGCCAACGGCAUGGCCAGGUAUAUCGACACUGCAAACGGUAUCACUCCGUUAUGUCCACCGACAAUGCCGGGAUGUACAAUUCCAUGGAAAACAACAGCAUGUCAAUGUGCCAAGCGCUGUGAAUGCAAACUUGGGCGUUGCUCCAAUGCAGACUGCAUGUUCUGCCGGUAAACCAGCAUGGACUGAUUUUCCAGAAUGGAAAAGAGAAACAAAAACAAACAUCUUUGAUGUAAGAGCAUAAAGAGAAAUAAAUAUGUCAAAUGAC